AUGGCAUCGAUAAGAAAUAACGGUCAUUCGUCAUCUAACGACAAUGCAAUUCUGUUCGCCGCAUGUGAACAAGGCGAUUUGCAGACAAUACGAUUCCAUUUAGAUUCUUUAUCUGGAUCGAAAAUUGCGUCGAUAAGAGAUAAUCAUGGUGCAACAUUACUACAUUUCGCUGCUCGCUAUGGUCAUAUAAACAUUCUAGAAUAUUUAAUUGAAACGAAGCGUUUAGAUUUGAGUCAAUUACGUACAGAACACGGUGCAACGUGCGUACAUGACGCUGCAGUUUGUGACCAAGUUGAAACACUUUAUUAUAUAUUUAAUAAUCAAAAGCGACAAACACAUUUUGCUGAACAAAUUCGCUGGACAAUUCGAGAUUCCCAUGGAAAUACUUUGUUACACCUUGCCGCUGCUUACGGUUCUUUGAAAAGUUUGAAUUAUUUACUUGAUCAUCAAUCUGCUGACGCUCAUGCUCGAUCGUACAAUAGUUUUCAGCCGAUUCAUUAUGCAGCUUCGUCAGGUCAUGAAAAUUGCGUGAAAUUAUUAUUAACAUCAGCUCCUGAUACAACUAAUGAACAAACGACAACACUGUUAACACCAAUGCAUCUCGCUUGUCAAAAUGGUUCGUUGGAAACCGUGAAAAUUCUCUCAUCACAUGGAGGAAAUUAUAAACUACGAGAUGAAAAUGGAUUAAAUUGUUUACACACAGCUUGUCAAUAUUCUCAUCUUGACAUUGUUCAAUGGAUGGUUGAAAAACUCAAUGCCAAUGUUGAUGAUUUUGAUUAUAUGAACAACACUCCACUGCAUUAUGCAGCUGCAAGUGGAAGUGAACUCAUUUUAAUUUAUUUAUUAGAUAGAAAGGCUCGAAUAACAAGGUCAAGUCAUGGAAAUACUCCAUUACAUGUGGCAGCUGAAAAUGGUCAUCAAGGUGUUUGUGCUGUGUUAAUCGAACGUGCUGGUUGUUCUGUAACAACACGUAACAAUGCUCAAUUAACCGCCAUUGAUUUAGCUGAACAAUAUGGUUUUCAAAAUCUUGCUCAUGAUCUUCGUCUUCGUGAAAAUCCAUUGUUAUCUUCACAAAAAUCUUCUUCUUCAAAUAGUAGACCAAUUCAUUUAGAAAAAGCGACUGUCGUUCGAUUAGUUGUUAAAAAGCGAAAUAUUGCGCGGCAUGACGCGGCGAAUCAGGUCGAUGAAAAUGAAUUGACUGCGGAAAACGGUCAAAAUGACAUGUCGACUUCAUCGGAGAAAUUAGUGAAUUCACGUUUUGAUCUUUCCGAACUUCGAGCGCGAGUAGAAAAACACGAUGCCAGUCGACGUGAUGAUCUGGAAAAUAAUGUUUUAAUGCAUAGUAUGGAUUCUUUGAAUGAACAAAAUCGAAUGCGGCUACGUGCGAAAUUACCAUCGCAAACUUAUGCGCCAUGGCUUCGAAUGUCGAAGUUAACACCACAAGCAUUUCAUGAAGAAAUCCAAAAGGGUCGAAAUAAUCUACGGAAAGUACGACGAGACAGUAAGAUAUCCGAAGAUGAAAUGAAAGAAGAGGAAAAUAAUGAAAAUGAUACUUCGAUUAACCGAAGAUCUCGACAGAGUCAAUCGGUAGGAGCACCUAUUAUGCCUACAGAACAGAGAUCAUGGCGAAGAACUGGAUAUGAAACUCGUUCACCAAUCGUUCCAGUUUCAAAAACCCAUCAAUUCAUCAGCGCUGCUUCUCAGUCAACAACAAACGUUGAACGACCCGAAUGGCAACGUGCACUAAUUACUCGUCGUCAGGGUUUAACAAAUGGAGCUGAUUCUUAG